AUGCAGGAUGACACACUAUCACGGACUACCGGCUCUGUGGUCCUGCAAGUGGGAGCUCUGGAGUUAUUGGCGAGAUAUUCCAUGAACUCCGGCAGAGCCACGAGCAUGCUCUCGUCUAUUCACGAGUUCAGAAGUCAGGAAGUGGAGCAGGCGGGCGGGAAUCAGUGGAAUUGGAAAUAUUUACGAGACCAGUUUUACCAGAAAGAUUUGGAGGGCUUAUACAGAAAGUACGACAACAAGUUAAGAGAAACCCUCAUCUAUAUAUAUGUGUCUCUGCUCGUGUUUUUUUCGACUAUUCAUAUAAUUGCUGUGAUUGCAAGUACUUAUUCUAAGAGUCUCGAGUGGAAACCCACUUAUCUAUCAGUAGGGAUGUAUUUCAUUCGGAUAGGAAUACCGUUGAUAUUAUUCUGGAAGUAUAUUUACAUUCCUUUGAAAGAACGCUGGUGUUUGAUGCCGUUGGCUACGACUGUUAUACUAACAGUAGACUUAUUUUGUUCAGAUGUCACCGUCUCCAUAGUGACCGUGUCUGACGAAACCUACCUUCGACCUGCAUAUGCUACCAUGGCCCUUCUAUCCGUGUACAUUUUUCUGCCAAUCAGGAACAACUUCAUAGCGAUCAUUAUCGGCGUAAUCGUUAGCGCCGCUUACAUUUUCGUUAUCGCUUUCGUUACUUAUUACAACAAUCCACAAAGUGAGGUGAUGUUUUUUCAGGUGGCCUCAGACAUUAUAUACCUUAUUGGAGUGAAUCUGAUGGGCGUUUAUUUUAGGCUUAUGAACGAAAUUGUAACCAGACGGUCGUUUCUAGAUAGACGAGCUUGUGUCGAAAGCACUUUGCGUUUGAAAUUUGUGAAGGAUCAGGAGGAAAGGUUAAUGUUAAGUAUUCUACCGGAACACAUAAUGUCUAAAGUGAGACACGACAUACGAAAUAUGUUUAUGAACAUUCGAUCGCACAGUCUGUGUCAUAAUAUGAGAUCGUUUAGCCAACUCUACGUAGAAGAACAUGACAAUGUAACAAUUCUAUACGCAGACGUUGUCAAUUACACAAAAAUUUCCACCACAUUAUCGCCCUUGCGAAUGGUAGAGCUACUGAACGAGUUAUUUGGAAGAUUCGACGAAGCGUCCGAAGAACACGACGUUCUACGAAUCAAGUUUUUGGGAGACUGCUAUUAUUGCGUCAGUGGUAUACCGAAGCCGACUGAUCAGCACGCGAAGAACUGCGUCGACCUAGGCCUAGAGAUGAUUCACAUAAUUAAGGAUGUCAGAGAGAAACGGUCAUUAAACAUCGACAUGAGAAUCGGAGUUCACUCGGGCAAGAUACUGUGUGGACUCAUUGGCAUCCGCAAAUGGCAGUUCGACAUCUGGUCCAAAGAUGUCACUAUUGCCAACAAAAUGGAGUCAACAGGGAAAUCUGGGAAAGUGCAUAUUACGAAGCAAACCCUGGAAUUGCUGUUAGACUACGCGAGGGAGUACAUCAUCGAACCUAACUUUGAAUCUCAGAACGAUCCGUUUGUUACCAAUAAUAAGUUAGAAACGUAUUUAAUCACUAGACCGUCCAGGCCUCUCACCGAUUAUAAGCCUUUCAGAAGAGCGUCCGUCGGCCUCAAUAAGAUCAUUAACCCCCGAUCGAGAAAUAGACGAUCGGAACAUAGAAAUUCAUCAAACUACCGUAGAACCACUGCGUUCAUGGAUGAGAAUUUGGUCGAAUAUCAACAAAUGUUAAAAGCUGCCGAUGCUCAGAUGGCAAAGGAAAUUGAAGACAUGACAAGUGGAAAGAAGCACUUUAAACAAGAGUCCAAACUAAAUAGAUUUACAUUGAUGUACAAGAGUAAACAACUGGAAAAGUCGUACCUUUUGUUACCAGAUCCACUUUUCAAAUACUACAUAACGUGCAGUCUCGUUAUUUUGCUAUUAAUUAUAAUUGUAAAUAUUUUGAGUACGAAAUGGUCGGGAGUGUUUCAGUGGUACGUUUGGAUUCCAUUUGGAGUAUUAACGUUAAUUUUAAUCGUCCUGCAACCACUCACUUGGUUUCAAUUCGUUUGGACGAAGUACAAGGGAGUUAAUGAGCCGAGGCAUCGAUUUCUCCGAGGCAUUUACGAUAUAUCGCUACUAAUCAUAAAGGACACGAAGAUACGGACAAUUAUUUAUGUCUUGAUAAGUAUAGUUCUGGCAGCCACUUCUAUUCUGAAUGUCAUCGGGUGUAAUGUUCCUGAGGACACUGCUGCCGACAUUUUAUCGUUAUGCGUUUCGUCGUGGCACGUCACACAAAGCUGGAGCUUAGCGCUUCUUCUGAAUUUCCUCUUCAGCCGCGUUUUCUUCAUAUUCAAAUGGAUUGUAGCCGCUGUGAUGACUACAUUUUAUCUGUGGGUCAUAUGGGAGAUGAAAUCUGCCUUUUUCUCUGCCGGAUUGACGUGGAACGUCGGUUUGGAUCCGCGUAUAUCGCAAACGCUCUCAGUAAUAUUUAUAACUUUUACACUGUACUGGAUAGACAGGACUACUGAGUACAGGCAUCGUCUUGAUCACUUAUGGCAAAUACAGCUGACCGAGGAACAGGAAGAAGCUGAGACGAUGUUAAAAGUGAACAACAUGCUCUUAGAAAACAUACUGCCAGCACACGUCGUACAAGUUUAUUUAGAUUUGAAUCGACCCAUCGACGAGCUAUACUACGAGAAGUACGACAAUGUCGCGGUGAUGUUCGCUUCACUUACAGACUACAAACUGGGCAUAGAAAGCGAUGCCGAUUUGAGUGACAAAUUAAUACUAAGUAUAUUGGACGAAGUUAUAUCAGAUUUUGACAGGCUUUUGUUAAUGGGCUCUUCUAUUUAUAAAGUGGAAAAGAUAAAGGUUGCCGGUUGGACUUAUAUGGCUGCGUGCGGAUUGGAUCCAAAUAGACGCGGAUCGUUCGAUUCCUCGUCUUACUGCUCAGCCGGGGACAAACAUCAGAACAAUUUGUAUAAUAGAGCAAUCGUCGUUACAAUGGUGGAGUUUGCGGCUGCUAUGAUGAUGCAAUUACAAAGUUUUAAUCGAGGGUCCUUCCAAAGUUUUGAAGGCCUUAAUCUGCGUAUUGGAAUUUCAAACGGUGAGGUCGCAGCCGGCGUUGUUGGGUCCUUAAAACCUUUGUACGACAUAUGGGGUAACGCUGUGAACUUGGCGUCGAGAAUGGAUUCCACUGGAGAAACGGGACGGAUACAAGUGACCGAAAACACGGCAAUAAUUUUAGACGAAUGCGGUAUUUUGACAACGUACCGUGGAGAAACAUUUGCGAAAGGCGCCGGUUACAUCAGAACGUACUUCGUUCCUUUAGAUGAAGACUUUAAUCUGGUGAAAAAGGAACACAGCCGCGACUUUUUUAAAACUGAAUACGCACACAAUUACUUAGCGAGAAAUACAGCUUUAAGUGAUACUUCAGUGGAUUCUUUUGAAACAGAACCACGUUCUUUAGAUGUGCGCGAACUGAACGAAGCGUAUAGCGAUUAUGACGAAGAUGAAAUUUCGAACUAUAACGAGGAGCCUGAUUAUUUCGAUGAAGUCCAGAUCUUUGAUGCUGUAUCACAGAAAAGUCUAAGUGAUGAAUCCUCAGAAUUUGGAAACAAUAAUGUUUUAGAGACACCUUGCUAA